AUGAACAAAGACACGAGAAUUCUUAUCGUUGGCGCCGGUUGCUUUGGCACCUCGACGGCAUAUCAUCUCGCACAGCGUGGCUACACUUCCAUCCGCGUAUUGGACCGAUAUCCUCCGCCCUCCUGUGAAGCCGCCGCGACGGAUAUCAGCAAAAUCAUUCGGAGCGAUUACAAUGAGCCCUUGUAUGCGAGACUCGGUAUUGAGUCCAUUUCUGCAUGGCGGUCCUGGCCCUUAUUCAAUGGACUUUAUCAUGUUCCCGGGUGGAUUCUAAGUGCAGCAAACCUAUCACUGCCCUUUGUCGAGGGGUCUAUCGAAACGUGCAAGACGCUUGGAGUCAAAGGCAUUGAGCGAUUGACGCCAGAUUCCAUUAGGUCCCGCUUUCCUGUAGUCACUGGAAAACUGGAUGGGUGGAAUCUUAGCGUCUGGAACCCGACCGCUGGCUGGGCGGCUGCUGGAAAGGCUCUUGAGCGGAUGGCCAACGCCGCACAAGAGAAAGGUGUCCAUUAUAUCUCUGGAGAGGAGGGAUAUAUGCGGCAGUUGAUUUUGGAUGAGGUGACCGGCCAGUGCAGGGGAGUCCUCACCGCGGAUGGCACCAAGAAUGAGGCCGACUUGGUGAUUCUCGCAGCUGGGGCAUGGACCCCAUCUCUACUAGAUGUGCAGAAUCAGUUAACUGCUAAGGGCCACGCCGUUGCCCAUAUUCAACUCACUCCCGCCGAGACAAAACAUUACUCCUCUUUUCCAAUUAUGGAUAACCUUGAACUGGGCUACUUCUUCCCUCCGCAAGCAGACGGGGUCUUCAAGAUGGCCCAUAGUCAGUUCAUCACCAACGUACGAAAAGACAAAAACUCGAACAUCACCACCUCCAUCCCACAUACAUUUUUGCAGGCCCCGAAAGAUGGUCUCCCUCUUGAGAUUGAAGCCCAGAUGCGCCGUAACUUAAGACGUGUUCUACCGGAGCUGGCCGAUCGACCCUUCUGUUAUACUCGUCUUUGUUGGGAUGCUGAUACCGCCGACCGGCAUUUUCUCGUUACUCCCCAUCCCAGCCAUGGAGGACUAUUCAUGGCAACCGGAGGGUCAGCACAUGGAUUCAAAUUCCUCCCAGUUGUUGGGAAGUAUGUGGCAGAUUUGCUUGAGGGUACAUUGGAUGCUGAUAUUGUGAGCAAGUGGCAGUGGCGCGCUGGGCAGAAGGUCGAGGCCAAAAAUCUCGCGCAUAUGGACCCUGACUUAGAAUUGGAGGACCUCGCGGGCUGGAGAGGACGGCAGGCUCGUGAAACAAGUCACUCAUCUAAACUAUGA